AUGGAAGAGUUGGAUGCUUUAUUGGAGGAGCUGGAAAACUCCACCCUGCAGGACAGUGAUGAGUAUUCCAACCCAGCCUCUCUUCCCCCGGAUCAGCACUCCAGAAAGGAAUCUAACCUUGCUGAGAAGUCAAAGGUUCCUUCCGUUCACGAUGACUCAGCUCCCUAUCAGAUGCAGCUCAUGUAUACUACCAAAAUCCAGCCACCCAAUGUGUGCAGUGAGGCCCAAGAGUCGAAGAAAUCACCACCACUUCCUAAAACCUCAGCAGCUGCUCAGUUGGAUGAGCUCAUGGCCCACCUGUGUGAGAUGCAGGCUAAGGUUGCCGUGAAAGCAGAUGUGGGCAAGAAACAAAUGCCAGAUAACCAGGAUUCCAAGGCCUCCCUGGACUCCAUGCUGGGGGGUUUGGAGCAGGACUUGCAGGAUCUUGGGAUUGCAACAGUGCCCAAGGGCCACUGUGCUUCGUGCCAGAAACCGAUUGCUGGAAAGGUGAUCCAUGCUCUGGGGCAAGCGUGGCACCCAGAGCACUUCGUCUGCACCCACUGCAAAGAAGAGAUCGGCUUCAGUCCCUUCUUUGAGCGGAGUGGCUCGGCUUACUGCCGCAAGGACUACCACGAGCUGUUUUCUCCACGCUGUGCCUACUGCGCUGCUCCCAUCCUGGAUGUAAGCUUUCAUGAGAAGGACAAGAAGCCAUAUUGCCGAAAGGAUUUCUUAGCCAUGUUCUCACCCAGGUGCGGUGGCUGCAACCGCCCCGUGUUGGAAAACUACCUGUCAGCCAUGGACACUGUCUGGCACCCAGAAUGCUUUGUGUGUGGGGACUGCUUCAGCAGUUUCUCUGCCGGUUCCUUCUUUGAACUGGACGGACGUCCAUUCUGCGAGCUGCAUUACCAUCACCGCCGAGGAACCCUGUGCCGUGGAUGUGGGCAGCCCAUCACCGGCCGCUGCAUCAGCGCCAUGGGGCACAAGUUCCACCCGGAGCACUUUGUGUGUGCUUUCUGCCUGACCCAGUUGUCGAAGGGCAUCUUCCGGGAGCAGAAUGACAAGACCUACUGCCAACCCUGCUUCAAUAAGCUGUUCCCACUGUAA